AUGUAUAAUGGAGUGGGACUUAGAACCGUUAGGGGUUCAGGAACUAGUGGUCAUGUACAAAAGAACUUAUCAGCUUAUGUGCCAAAACAUUGGGAAAGGAGAAACGAUACUGAUAUAAAUUCAAAGCAAAGACCAAAAGCCCCUCAUAUAACUAGGCAUGACCCAGAGCUUAUUGAACAUGAGAAGUUGAGAAAAAUGGAGUUAGAGCUUCUGGAGUUUGUUGAAGAACAAGAAUCUAAGGGUCUUAAGGGGGCUGAUUUGGAAGAAGUUGUGGCUAAAAAACGCAAAGAACUUUCUUCUUUGCUAGGAAAAAGUUCUAACUUUACUAAAAACAGUAAUAAUAACCAUCGUCAUUCUGAUAUCUAUCAAGAAGAUGGAUUUGUUAAUUCUAUAUUUGACACUGAUGUUGAGAAAUUGGAUUCUAAUCAAUUAUCCAGACUGAAAGAGGAAGAACUUAAGGUUUUUAGGAGAGCUUUGGGAUUGGAAAAACCUAAGAAUGGGAGGUACAGACAAACAGAAAAUAAUUGGAGAAGUAGAGAUGGGCCUACAUAUAAGACCAAUAGUAGGAAAGAGGAUUGGGAAAGAAGUGAGGAAAGAGGGAGAAGCAGGCAAAAAGGAGGAGAAAGAAAAUCUCCAGUUAGAGGAGAUCAACUUUUAUUUGAUACUAGGGGCAACUUGAAUCACACAGACCAUGGAGACUUUAAGCAAAAUCUUGGGAACAAUCAAGGUCUUGAAAAUUUCGCUCAUUUUUAUGAGCGUGGCAACUAUGAUAAGUCAGAAGACAUUAAAGAGAUUCAGAAUAAGUAUAAAUCUGAUAUCCAGCCCCGGAUCGAUCUCAGUUCUCAUUCGGAAUCCCAAUCAGAGUCACGUUCCGAUUCACCCUCGCACUCUCAUUCAUGCUCUCGUUCCUGCUCUCGUUCCUGCUCCCGUUCCCGUUCUCGUUCUCAAUCUAAUUCUCACUACAACUCCAAUUCCAGCUCCAGAUCUCACUCUAAAUCCCGAUACUCAUAUUACGCUCUGAGCAAUAAUACACUACAAAAAAACUCAAGCUUUCACACUAUAAACCCCAAAAAUAAAACGAAAAGAGAAAAGUACUCCAGUUCAGCAAGAAAUCUUGCCGAACUAAAUAGCUUUGAACGCAGGAAAAAAUAUAGAUACAGAAGGCCGAGAAGAUCUCGGUCACCUUCUACAGUAUCUAGAUAUCGGUCUUUUAGUAGAAGUCUAUCACCGCGAAUGGCGCCGGCGGGCUCGCAUGUGGUUUGCAUGUAA